AGACGUCGUCCUCCUCCUCCAAUCUCCAUUGCUCGACCUAUGUCCUCGCCUGCUUUUCGAGCAUUCUUUUCAUUACCAGACUCCCAACUGCUCCAACACUCUGCUUAGUGUUUCCGAUAUGCAAUUAUCAUAAGCUCAGCAAAAGCUGUUUAGGGCUUCUGUUUCAGGUCGUUGAGUUGAAUGACGGUGAUGGGUUUUUGCGUUCCUUCUCGUGACACAUCUGAUCGUUUCUCCGACAGAUGCUCCAACGUCUUCCCUUGUUUAUCAGAUCCCGCUAGAAGAUCUACGAUGUGUUUGAAAUUGGCUUUGGUGAUGCUGCAUCUAAUCUUCGUUGGUUUUCUUUUUAUUGUCGAUGACGAAUUGAAAGAGAAAUCAAAAGAACAGCCUUUGUAUACAUUGAUCUAUAUGUUGUUGGUUAUUGCUACAUUAGUUCAGUAUUUCCUUACCUCUGGUUCUUCUCCAGGGUAUGUACUUGAUGCAAUGAGAGAUUUUGCUAGGACAGAAGCUUUAUUAAGGGCAUCAGAAAUCUCAAAACAACCUGCUUCAAGCAAAAAUGGCAGCGUAGUUCUGACUGUAAACAGAAACCAAGUGGGAGAAAGUCUACUAGGGAAUAACCCAAUGAAUUGGACAAAGCUGGUGAUGGACAUGUACCCGCCUGGAACAUCUGUCAGGACUUACACCUGUUCAUACUGUAAUGUUGUGCAGCCUCCAAGAGCAAAGCAUUGCCAUGAUUGUGACAGAUGUGUUCUUCAGUUUGAUCACCAUUGUGUUUGGCUGGGAACAUGCAUAGGCCAGGGAAACCACUGUCGAUUUUGGUGGUACAUCCUCGAGGAAACAGCCUUGAGUAUUUGGACUGGCAUUUUGUAUAUUAAGUACCUACAAGCUCAUAUUGACAAGGCAUGGUUGGUGGAUGUGAUCAUGAUCAUUCUACUAUCUAUAUUGUCAAUCGCAUUGAUAUUUCUUCUCCUCCUUCUUCUGUUCCAUAGUUAUCUAGUUGUGACAAAUCAAACCACCUAUGAGCUGGUGAGACGAAGGCGUAUACCAUAUAUGAGAGCAAUCCCAGAAAGAGUAUAUCCAUUCAGUAAAGGUGCAUGCAGAAAUCUGUACAACUUCUGCUGUGCAAGAACAAGCAUAUACAGAAUGGAAGUGCUGCCAAGUGCAGCUGAGCUCGAUCAGAAGUCGGUACCAUAUACUUGUGUUGAUGUCAUAUCGUGUAGAUGUUGCUGAACUAAUUACUUAUGUGCAUAUAACAAAUUUUCCACACAAGAGUUUGUUGUGCCAUAUUAUUAGUAUCCAACCGACCAUAUUAUCGUUCAGCUGUGAGCCAAAGCUUUGCCUAUGUAUUCUGUCAGGGUUUCUUUUUUGGGAUAAAGAUGUAUUCUGUGCGGUAGUGACUUCAUUCUCAUCUUUGUGUUUCAUCGAAGAAUUGAAAUGUAUCGUAUUGGAGAUGCUUUAAUUCUA